GGUUACUUCUAUGAAGGCCUAAAACGAACGAACGAAAAUGAAGAUUCAGAUUUUAUGUACCGUGAUAAUCCUGGUUAUUUGCAGCAAUGAAGCCUUUAAUAAUCAUGAAAACGAGAAAGAGGUAACAAUACCCAUCAAGGAUUUAAAUAAAGUAUUAUUAUGCCUAGAGCCAGACGAUCAACUGACUAAACUGACUAAGAGUUCUGUAAAUCAUACCGAUUUACUUUGGAAACUAAUCGAUGAACAUCCUAAACUCAACAUUGAAUACAGCAGGGUUCACAGCUGUGAAGUUAAAAUAGAUGCCGAAUACCCUAAAACAAUUCUUGCUGUAGUCGCUCCAAAGCCACUGGAAACCUCCUCUCGGAUACCUAUGUAUUUUUUUGACACUCCUUUUCCGAAUGCGGAGGAUGUAGAUGAAUUCCCCAACGGGUUGUUUCCACUGCGUAGACAUUGGAAGUCUUUGAAAUAUGCAUUUAGUCAUUAUUUGACGACUCAUGGAUACCGGAGGCUGGUGGUUGUCUCUGAUGACUCGUAUUAUAGUGCAGCGUUCGAGGCAGAGCUUAUAGAGCAUUUUAAAGAUAAGGAGUUCGUGUUUGAUGUACAACGAAAACCUAAUAAAGGAAGCUUCGAUCGGGCAAUGAGAUACAUAAAAGAUAACAAAGCGUACAUAAUAAUUGUGAACAUCGACAAUGCGAACGCGCAGAAGCUGUUACAAGCUGCAGAGAAACGCAGAUUGUUGUCGAACCGAUACUUGUGGCUCGUCAGGGAUUGGCCAUUUGACAACCUCAAACGAAAAUUCAAGCUAAUGAUUUCAAUGACGCUAUCGCCCUACCCCAUCCCAGAUUACAAAGCUAAAUAUGCUCAUGACGGACCUAACCUGAACAGUGUUUCGCGAGGGUUAGCGCUUAUAUCUGACGCUCUUCAGAGUGUGACGAACGUCACUGUAAAGGAACGCAUUGAUUAUUACUACAAUGAAAUAUACAAGGAAAUGAACAGGUCAGACAAAACUGACCUAUCAAAGGCGUAUAUACGCAAAUUUAUAUCUGGCCAAUUGGUUGGCAUGAAAAAUAUAAUUAUCCACGACUCUGGCCGCAUUGAGUCCCCUUACCAGAAGGACCGUGAAUUGACGGGGAAGGAUUUUUCCGAUUUCGACUUGCCAGAGCCAUGCUUCCAGAGGUCCAUGGCCUUCAGCAGUCCUUGUAAUGACACUAAUAUUGUGAUUAUUUGUGUGGUGUGGCUCAUGUUCAUCGUUAUGGCGAUUUUGUUAAUUUUCUUCUUUAAUAGAUGUCUUGUAUGGACGUAG